CGUAGUGCGUCGCGUCUACUUUGUCUACUUUAACCCAGUCGCGGAGCCAGCGGUCGGAUCCCCUCGAUCGAAUCCAAACGCCAGAACACCUGGCUGGGGAGGAGGCACUGUAAAAGAAGGACCGGCGGAGAAGGUGGACCGAGCGAAUCCAACUCUUUGAGCAUCUGGCGGGGGAGGCAUCGCGUUGAAAGGGACCGCCCGAGAAGGGAUACUUGAAAGAGAAAAAUGCCAGUUCAGUUGCUUAAUCGAGUUUUCAUCCACGUGCUACAGAGACCUCCUUGUAGGCAUCCAGCUUUCAUCAUGCCUAUUCGAUUUCUGGGUAUUUCACCUCGGCAAGUACUAUCUGAUGCCAACUUUCAUUCUGUAUCUUUUUCUGAUAUAGAGCAUCCACGAGUACUGAUUACAGGGGGUCUUGGACAACUUGGAGUGGGACUUGCUAAACUAUUGAGGAAACGAUUUGGAAAGGGCAAUGUGAUCUUGUCUGACAUUAAGAAACCUCCUGAUCAUGUUUUCCACAGUGGGCCAUUUGUUUAUUCUGAUAUCUUGGAUUAUAAGAACCUUCGGGAAAUAGUGGUAAACAAUUGAAUCACAUGGCUCUUUCAUUAUAGUGCCCUGCUAAGUGCUGUUGGAGAAGCAAAUGUCCCUUUGGCAAGGGCUGUAAAUAUUACUGGUUUGCAUAACCUUCUGGACAUUGCAGCAGAGCACAGUUUGCGACUCUUUGUGCCUAGCACUAUUGGUGCUUUUGGUCCUUCUUCUCCUCGGAAUCCAACCCCUGAUCUCUGUAUCCAGAGACCUAGAACUAUCUAUGGAGUGUCCAAGGUUCAUGCAGAGCUCAUGGGAGAAUAUUAUCAUCACCGGUAUGGUUUAGAUUUCCGGUGCUUGAGGUAUCCUGGAAUCAUUUCUGCUGACUCCCAACCUGGUGGAGGAACGACAGAUUAUGCAGUUCAGAUUUUCCACGAUGCUAUUAAAAAUGGCAAGUUUCAAUGUAACCUGAAAUCAGACCCGCGGCUUCCUAUGAUGUACAUCGAUGAUUGCCUUAGAGCUACACUGGAAAUCAUGGAAGCUUCUGCAGAUUCUCUCCCCAUGAGGACUUACAACAUCAGUGCCAUGAGCUUUACCCCCGAGGAGCUGGCACAAGAAGUUGUCAAGCAUGUACCCGAGCUCCAGGUCACAUACAAUGUAGAUCCAGUUCGCCAGGCCAUAGCUGACAGUUGGCCAAUGAAUUUUGAUGAUACCAAUGCUCGGAAGGAUUGGGGAUGGAAACACGACUAUGAUCUUCCUGAACUGGUGACAACUAUGUUCAAUUUCCACGCCUCAGAAUCCAGAGUUGCUCAUGCCAGUUAACCAAAUGGUUCUUGUAUCUUUGGGGGAAUGUGAAAGAGAGAUUCUGAAAUUAGUUUAUCAUGUUAUAAAUCUAGUAUUGCUACUUGUACAUUAUUUGGACUGAAGGAUUAUUGUUGCCCCUUGAGUUUGACAGCAGCUCACACACCUGUCAGGAAACUUCUCAAACUGAUCUCACAAUACUUUUAAAACAAAGAUUCUUAAUCUUUGAGUGUGUCACAGUUCCCUCUAACAGUCCAUUUAAUCCUAUGAU